AAGAAAUACUGGAACAAGUUGAAGCCAACACACAAGAUAACUAUAAUGGACAUUUUGUUCUCUGUGUUAGAGUUUGCUGCAUCAUAUAAUUCUUAUUCCAAUCUCAGAUUGCGGAUGCGCCAAAUACCUGCUGAAAGGCCACCAUUUAAUCUUCUCCGGCAGGAAUUAGCAGGGACUUCCAUCUAUCUUGAUAUCUUACAAAAGACAACAGAUGGGAUUAAUUCUAUAAGGGAAGAAUCAACUGAGACCACAGUUGCUCAGAAGGGAAAUAGUUUGAUGAAUAAUGAUGCAGCUCCUAACGAUAAGUUUCAACAGUCGGGAUCAAUUGAAGAAGAUAAGUUUCAACAAAUUGCAGAAGAGAAACUGGUGUCAUUUUGUGGACAGGUUCUGAGGGAGGCAUCUGACUUCCAGUCCUGCACGGCGGAGAGUGCUAAUAUGGAUGUUCAUCGAGUUCUGGAAUUGCGUUCUCCGAUCAUUGUUAAGGUGCUGAGGGGUAUGUGCUUUAUGAACAGCCAAAUAUUCAGGAGUCACCUUAGAGAGUUCUAUCCUUUGAUUACUAAACUUGUAUGCUGUGAUCAG